GAGGGGCGGUGCGGCCCCGGCUCCGCCCCGGCCCGGAGCAGCCAUGGCCGGUUUGGAGCCGCUGUACGCCUGGGCAAGGCCCGCCAUCUCCCGUCCGCAGGACGCUCUGGUCUGUGGCAUCCACUGGGAGCUGAUCCGGCAUGGCUACCGCUGCCUGGGUACUGGCGACCAGCCAGGUCCUGAUGAAAAGAAGUCAGAGCUGUUGCCUGCUGGCUGGGAAGCCAACAAGGAGGUGUAUACACUGCGCUACAAGUCCACAGAUGAUGCCCGUGAGCUGCUGCUGAAGGCCAUCAUGGUGGAGGACAGUAUGAUCCUCAACGUCAUGGAUCGCAGCUCUCAGAAGGUGUCAGAUGUGACCUUGGCAGUGGCUGACUACAUCAACCCAGAGCACCUGGAUGAUUUCCACAAGGUGUACAAGAACACCGAGGAGCUGAGGACAAGAAUUGCUUCAGGCAUUAUUGCUCCCUUUGGGGCCCCUGCAGAAAAGGCCAGAAAGGAGCCUGAGCCCAAAGAGGAUGUGCACCGGGAUGAUAACCCGCUCCGGCUCCCUCCCCGGCAGCCGAUGGGCACAAGGGCCCCAUCCAGGCCUUCCCCCUUGAGUCCCUUUGCUGUUGGUGGAGAAGAUCUGGACCCUUUUGGAGGUCGGAGUGGGGGGAUGAUUGUGGAUCCUCUCCAUUCUGGUGUCCCCCAUCCUGGCAUUGACCCAUCAUCAGGCAUCCCAGGCCGGCUUCCCCCAGGAGCUGUUCCACCAGGCGCCAGAUUUGACCCCUUUGGCCCCUUAGGAGUUGGGCGACCCGGGCCGGAUCCUGACCACCUUCCCCCUCCAGGUUACGACGACAUGUUCAUGUGAGGAGUCACCAUGUGGCUGCUCAUGAACAAGUCUUCUGGGAAGCAGGGGCACUUUGCCUCUCCACUCCUUAUCUGAUGGACGUGGUCUUUCCAGCAGCAUUUUCCUUCUCUCCAUUUUGGGCCACAUUCCCAUGUGUCCCAUCAGCUAUAAAGGCUUCCCUGUUUGCAGAACAGAAGAGGAGGCAGUAGUAGAUCAUUUCUUUAUCUGCUUCUCUGAGGGUGCCCGGCCAUUUGCACCCAGCAAGGUGGGAGUGUGGGGUGUGGUGCUCUGGGAAUGGCCUGGGUGCUGGGGGGUUUAUCCUCUGCUUCUUUGGGGUGGCAGAGCUUGCUGCUGGGGUCCCACAAGUGGUGGGUGUAAGGAGGCAGCUGGCUCCUUGCUGUACUCCUCUGCAGGAAACCACAGCAACCUCCUGAAGGGGACAGCUGGAGUGGGCUCCCCAUAGAGUGGGUUUCUCUCUUGCUCAGUAUCUGAGUAAGGCACUGAUUAAAGAGCUGGAGAGCCCAACCCAUGGGGUCUCAAUGGGAAGACCCCCAGCAGCAGCUGGGAUUACGGCUGUGCCUGCUGGCUUUGAAGAGCAGCAGCCUUUGAUGUGCAUGAGAAGAGACAGAGAUUGAAUUCCUGGCUCACCUUGUCCCCUCUGUUUGAUGAAGCCAUGGCGUUUUUCAUUCCUGGGGUGUCUGUGAAGCCGUGCAGGCAGUGUGGCGAGGGGUGCCCACUGGGCACUGCAUAGAUCUGGAGGAAGACAGAGGGAGCUUUGCAGAGGUUUCUUGAACGUGUUUUCCUACUGCCCGUCUUGUUGUGUGUGGCUCUGCCUGGCUGACUUGGGGAGAAUGGCUGAGAUCUGCCUGGCUCAGGCUCCUGAGCUCUCUCUAAAGCCUCCCUUCCCUAGAGAUUCCCCAGCUCAGUUGAUUUUGGGCCUGCAGCUCAUCUCUCUUGUCAGGGGCUCACACUGUUUUUCUUCUCAUCGUUUGAUCUCUUGAAAGAAUGUUCAUGAGACUGAAAUAAAAAUGUGACAACA